AUGUCAAUGUUGACAUAUUAUUGCCACAACUGUCAGCAAGGAGUGGCACUAAGAGAUGGACUUAAAGUAGAAGGUUUCAAGGAUUUUGUUUGUGCGAGAUGUGGUGGCGAAUUCAUUGAGGAACUUUCCACAGACAGCAGGUCAUAUAUGUCACCGUUUGGGAUGAUCUUUGGCCAAAUGAUCUCGGAUGGAGAACAUGGAAAUGCAGAUGUAGGUUCUUCUAGUAAUACUCAACAGCAGCAGGACCAGAAUCAACAACCUUCAAUACGAUUUAUGCAUGCACCAGCCGUAGGUAAUGGGGAUGAUGAAAAUAUUGUACUGCUUUUCCUAAAUCAGUUACUUACAAAUUUAUCGGCACAAGGAGCUCAAAUACAGCUGCAAAUUACUCGUGACCCAAACGCUCGCGGGAAUAGUUAUCGUAUCAGUUUAUUUUUGGAUGAGCAUUCGGGGUUAAAAGAUGAUGAGCAGAGAAAUUCCAGUAUUCUUCACGGUCCAAUAGCAGAUUAUGCGUGGGGAGAAGGUGGAUUGGACCAAAUUGUCACACAGUUACUGAACCAGUUUGAAGGUGGUUCAACACCUGUCGAUCCUAAAUUGCUUGCCAAUUUACCCAUGACAAUGGUAGAACCAAAACACAUUGACAGCGGUGCGCAAUGUACCACAUGCAUGGAAACUUUUACAAAGGAUGAAUUGGUAGCAAUCCUAGAAUGUCAACACAUUUUUCAUCGAGAUUGCAUAUUACCUUGGCUUAGGAGGCACAACACUUGUCCAAUUUGUCGGCAAACAGUUGAUGCAACAAAAUGGUCUAGCAACAAUCCCUUAGAUGAAUUGGAUUGA